AUGCUCAAUAAAUAUGCUAUCCUAGGAAUUCUUGAAUGGGAGAACAUCUUGGGCGUACUCCGCGAUUGGAAAAACACUGGCAGUCUCUCUUGCAGUCUUGAUAAUGCGGCACUUUCAGCACGGGACCACAUCUCUGCCAUCCUCUCUGGCUCGCAGGAUUACGUGUCUGCGGACCGCCUGGUUCUCUACAACGUUCUUGUCGCCGUCUGCCAGUAUGCUAAACGGCUGGAGGCAGUCGUUGCGGUUCCAUCCGAGGCGACGGCGGCCCCGGUGUCCGUCCCCCCGACCCGGACAUCAAGCGAGAGCGACUCGGAUCCCGGCUCGGACGACUCGGACUCGGACUCAGACUCGGGUGGGCUGCUGAUCAACGCGAGCAUGUCCGAACCGAUGAAGCUUCUCACGCGCGAAACGGGCGCCAACCGGUUCUUCGGCAGGUUCAGUGGCAUGACGUUCCUCAAGACUGUAGUGGCGGCCACUGGCGUCAACACCUCCGAAGCGGCGAUCCACCGGCCCCGGUUCUGGGGCAUCCAGCCUUGGGAGAUGACGCCAGAGAUCUUCAUGCCACAGUUCUUUCCCGAACCCGAUCUCCUCGCGUCCCUCGUAGAUCUCUUCUUCAGCCAAGUCAACACGAUCCUUUGCAUCCUGCACGAGCGCACGUUCCGCGACGCCCUGCGCCUCCAAGACCACUUUUGGGACCAGAAGUUCGGGACGCUGGUGCUGCUGGUGUGUGCGUUUGGUGCUAAAUUCUCGUGCGAUCCGCGGGUCUUUCCGGACGGCACCCCCGACUUGCUGAGCGCCGGGUGGAAGUGGUUCAACCAGGUCAAACCGGCGCUGUCCGCCUUCCUCACGACCGGCGCGUCGUCGCGCGCGCUGCAUGAUCUGCAGGUCGUUGCGCUGAGCGCGCUCUACGUCUCGAGCGGCUCGCGCCCAGAGGAGACCUGGAUGCUCGUUGGGCUCGGGCUCCGGAUGGCGGUCGACGUGGGCGCCCACCGGCGGAUCCGCUCGACGCACGACUCUCCCGCCGAGGCCGAGAUGUACAAGCGCGUCUUCUGGCUGCUCAUGAUCUGCGACGUCGAAACCCACGCGCUCCUCGGCCGGCCCCGCGUGUGGGACCUGAAGGAUUUUGAUGUUGAAUACCACGCGCCGUUCGCGGACGAACAUCCUCGAUUCGCGGCGUAUGGCCAGCUGAUGAUCAAGCUCAUGACGAUCUUCCGGAAAAUGCAGGAUAUGUUUUUGAUUUUGACUAGGAAAGAGCAGAGCAACCACCAGGAAAUGGUGGCUGAGCUGGACUCAGAUCUCAACCAGUGGCUCAGCUCCGUGCCUCUGGAUCGUAGGUUUCUUCUUCUUAGACCUCAACGGGACCUCAUUCUUCCGAGUGAAAUGGAAUCCGGAAUGUCAGGAUCUGAUCCAGCUAAACCAGUCAGCGUCCCUGCAUAUGGCUUAUUACGUGAGUCUCACACCGGGCUUCUCAGGAGGGCUACUAUUGAUUCGAUUCCCAGCACGGUAAGAUCCGAUCCAACCGUCACCAACGCCACGCACACACACAUUCGCAUCCCCAUCAGUCCAGAUCGUCGUGCACCGGCACUUCAUCUCUUCCAAGUCACCCGUGCGUCUCAUCUGCAAUCCGAGUUCCAGUGCACUCCGAGACGCGAAAACAGACAUCGAUCGCCUCACUCUCGAUCUGCGCGGCCGCCGCCCGCUCGUGCAGCCGCGUCGCGGAGGUGCAGCUACGGCGCGGCACCGGGCCGCUGUACAACCCCCAAAUGCUGGUCCGUCCACGCCACUCCUCCUCUUUCACUCGCGCGCUCAGCCACACUUCCAAAACUCUUUCUCUUUGUGCUUUUUCCUUCCCUUCUUCUUUGGAACGCGCAGUCCGCGCUGUACAACUCUGCCAUUGUGCUGGUCCUCAGCAACGCGCGCGAAGCGGAUCCGGACGUGCAGCGGUGCCUGGACGCGCUGGCCGCGUAUGAGCGGUCGUGGAUGAUCGCGGGCCGGGACGUCGACACGCUCCAUGCGCUGAUACUGGCCAAGGCGAACGCCCGGAAACCGGCGGCUUCUGGAUUGAAGCGGGGACGGGAAGAACUUGAUGGAGCAGGAGAGGGAGGGGAGGGAGCUGUGGAUCCCGUGGGGUUGGCGUCUGACUUCGACUUCGAAGCGCAAAUCUCCUUUUUCGAGUCUUGGAUGUUCAACGGUCCGGCCGACCCCAACAUCUUGCAAGCCGACACGAUGAUGUCGUUUGGUCCUCAGCGUGGCUUCGGUGAUGCAAGCCUGGAUGUGGCCCAAGAUAUGAGUCAUUUGUUGAGUAGAGGCUCAUGAGAGUUGCUCGGGAGGGCAAAAAUUACUGUCACUACGGGAAAUAUAGUAGGUUAGGGCUGGAUACAGCUUCAAUGAAAAGUUCAUGCGCUGGGAUGGAU